CCACUACCCAGGUUGCAAGUGUUAUUCUCUUAAAUCUCAUGUUUUUUUUAAUCUGUUCUUAUUUAAAAUCCAACUUGUCAUUUUAAUUUUGAACCAAGUAGUUUAUUUUAGCCCACUCGUGUGACAGCGUCACAUGUUGUUGAACUAAAAAAAAUGUAGAAUUUCCAAAAUAUCAAUAUUUUGGUCCUUGCAUGCGAGAGCUAGAAUCUCUUUUUUUGGUUGACAAUAUAACACGAGUAGCUUUGAUGAUUUAUUAGGUUUCAAUUAAGUCGUUAUAACUUUAGAAGUUUUAUUUUCAUUUUUAUGUUCAAAUGUGAGUAAAGUUAUGAAAAUUUGAUAAUACCCUUAAACACUUGGACAUUGAUUGCAUCUACGAUAUAAAAUACACAUAAGUAAGGUAUGUUAAUGUUCGUUUAAUAUAUAUGUAGUAGUGAAUAAGAUAUAUCAUUUAUAUAUCAACAUUCAUUUAAUAUACAUUUUGUAAACAAAAUUCACAUGCAUUUUAGUAGCAAAUUGGGUAUUUUUUUGGUGUGUUAAUAUUUAUUUAAAAUGCAUUAAAUACUAUUUUAUUCAUUGACCUAAAAACAAAAGGGUAAAACCAUAAUAACAAAUUGAUAAAACAAACAAAUUUUGAUUUUAAAUAUUUUACAAUAUUUAUGCAAUCAAAUAACCAUGGCUAGAUUUGCAGAUAUACAGAGUAUUUGUGCUAUCCAUACAGAAAUACAUUUUUCGUCAAAGUUGGCAACAAGCUGAAUGCCGAGGACGAAGAAGGAAGCAACAAAAAAGCAUAAAGUUGAAGCUGGAACGGCGGAGCUUAGGAGGGAACUGCAACUGCAAGGCAUCUGUGCAUCACGUGCAGAAGAAAAUUCAUCUUCCAGAAAUCAUCAAUCCAACUAUGAACAAAAUUAAACUGGAAACCGAACAACUUCCAUUUCAACAUCCUGUAACUCGCAUUUUUUACUCGCGAUCCCACUCUCCAGUCUACAAAGCGCUUCUUCAAGCGGGUUCCCGUCUGAGAAGCCUUCAACAAGUUCAUGCUCAUAUUAUCGUUUCCGGACUCCAUACAAGUCGAUCCCUCCUCACUAAGCUUAUUUCUCUUGUUUGUGCCGCUGGUUCAAUUACCUAUGCUCGGCGAUUGUUCCCCACUGUGCCAAAUCCCGACUCCUUCCUGUUUGAUUCCCUUCUCAAAGCAACUUCCAAAUUCGCUUUCUCUAUUGAUGCCGUCUUGUUUUACCGUCAUAUGCUUUUCUCGGGUGUUCCCCAGUCGAAUUACACCUUUACGUCUGUGAUCAAAGCCUGUGCAGAUCUUUCAGCUCUGAGGUUAGGUAGAGAAAUUCAUUCGCAUGUUAUGGUUUGCGGGUAUGGUUCUGAUAUGUAUGUUCAGGCUGCCCUUAUUGCUCUUUAUGCCAAAGCUAGUGAUAUGAAAGUUGCCAAGAAGGUGUUUGAUGCAAUGCCACAAAGAACAAUUAUAGCUUGGAACUCACUAAUAUCAGGGUACGAGCAAAAUGGAUUCCCGAAAGAAUCAAUUGGUAUAUUUCAUCUGAUGUUGGAGUCGGGCUUUCAACCUGAUCCAACGACUAUAGUGAGCUUAUUGUCUUCCUGUUCUCAGCUAGGGGCCCUUGAUUUCGGUUGCUGGUUGCAUGAUUAUGCUAAUGGUAAUGGUUUUGAUCUUAACGUGGUUCUUGGUACUUCAUUGAUUAACAUGUACACUAGAUGUGGGAAUGUAAGCAAAGCACGGGAAGUUUUUGACUCCAUGAAGGAAAGGAAUGUCGUUACCUGGACAGCCAUGAUUUCAGGGUAUGGGAUGCAUGGCAACGGUGAGCAAGCAAUGAAGCUUUUUGGUGAAAUGAGAGCUCACGGUCCUCGUCCUAACAAUAUUACAUUUGUUGCAGUCUUGUCUGCAUGUGCUCAUUCAGGGUUGAUUGAUGAUGGCCGUCGGGUAUUUUCAAGCAUGAAGGAAGCAUAUGGGUUAGUCCCAGGAGUAGAACAUCAUGUCUGCAUGGUAGAUAUGUUUGGGCGUGCUGGAUUGCUCAACGAUGCUUAUCAAUUUAUCAAAAAUUUUCUUCCCAAAGAGCCAGGUGCGGCAGUUUGGACUUCAAUGCUCGGGGCGUGCAGAAUGCAUAAAAAUUUUGACCUUGGCGUUAAGGUUGCAGAACAUGUUUUAGCAGUUGAGCCAGAAAACCCCGGUCAUUAUGUAAUGCUUUCUAACAUAUAUGCAUUGGCCGGUAGGAUGGAUCGUGUGGAGAUGGUACGAAAUAUGAUGAUUAGACGACGCCUAAAGAAGCAAGUAGGGUAUAGCAGCAUUGAGAUCAAUCGAAAGACAUAUUUGUUUAGCAUGGGUGACAAGUCUCAUCCUCAGACAAGCACAAUCUAUAGGUAUUUAGAUGAAUUGAUGGGUCGAUGUAGUGAAUCAGGCUAUGUACCAGCACCAGAGUCCUUGAUGCAUGAUUUGGAAGAUGAGGAAAGGGAUUAUGCCCUUAGAUAUCAUAGUGAGAAGGUUGCACUAGCAUUUGGUUUACUUGAAACCAAUCAAGGUGAGACUAUAAGGAUUGUAAAGAACCUUCGAAUAUGUGAGGAUUGUCAUUCAGCUAUUAAACACAUCUCUAUUAUUGCUGAUAGAGAAAUAAUUGUUAGGGAUAAAUUUCGUUUUCACCACUUCAAAGAUGGUUCUUGUUCUUGUCUUGAUUAUUGGUGAUAAUUUUAUUCAUAAUCUUCAUCUUGAGUAUUCUAGCUGUUUCUGAGAGUUCAAGGGAUUUGUGAGCUAAUCUGCCACCAGUCGUGGAACUGUCGCUGAGCUUUCUAAUUUGUUGAGCAAUCUUGUCACUGCUGCUCUUCAGUUGGUGUUUUUAAAUAGCAGCGAUCUAGUCAUUAACUUGAUCGGUUCUCCCACUGCCAGGUCCCUUAUUUAUUCAAUGAUUGAUCCCUAAAGCAGGUACUGACUAGGUGUUCAUGUUCAUUUGAAAAUUGAAGUAGCACCAGAUAAGCUCUCUUUGGUUGUUCGGGAAAGUGCUGACGCUAAUCGUGUUCUAACUGCCUUUUUGAAAACUGAAAUGUACUGGUAAAUCUUUUGCGCAGGUUCACAGGCUUGAAGCAGCUUAUGCUCUUUGAUUCAAGCUUCAACAAGAGGGCUGGGCAGUUUUAUUUUAUAUAGUCAUAUCGUUAAAAGGUUCUUUACCUAAGGUCUUAGAAGUUAGAACUAUCUUAGACUAAUGCUUAUAAGAUGGUAGUUAACUCUCAAAUAGGGAAUUUACAAUAAUCUAUUUUUUUUAAAAGAAAGAUUACCGAUUCGGUAAUGAUUCAACUUUUUUAUUUGAUUAGCCAUCAUAUGAGAUACAAACUUGAUUUUCUGGGGAGGGGCAGGUACCUUCGAACAAAACACUAAACAUUUUAUGCAACAUUGCAGGCUGAGGGAAAGAAGUGUAUUAGCUCUAAGACAUUAUUCAUUCUUUGGUAACUUCUAAUUAAAUGGAGUGCGAUCUAACAAUUUUUUGUUCCUUGCAUCAACAUGAUCUCAAAAAAUGUUGACAUGAAUCACUACCAAGUGAACAUUUCUUUGCAAAUUCAAGCUUCUUGUGUUGGGUUGGAGAGCGGGUUUUGGAGGGAAGUGGGGGCAUCUGCUAUUGGGUACAAAGAAUGAUGUCAGCGGAUUUUUAAGCCUUGCGAGAGUUGCCUGGCUGCUGUCAGGUCACAACUUUGCUAUUCCAUAAUUGGAUUCUUGAAUUGGUGGAAGUGGAUAUCAUUGACAUUUAUCAUCGAUGCACAUUUUCUUUCGAUUGUUCUUGCAUCUCAGUCCUUGCCAGUUUCAAGUUCAGCCAUGGAAACUGCAUUUCUACUGACAUACAGAAAUUCAAUGAGUUGAUGUUCACCUACGUUUUCUUGCUUAGGCUCUACCCAACCAAACAAUUGUAGAUAGGCUAACCCUACAGAUGCAGAAGCUGCCCAAACCGUUUUGUUGAGGAACAUCGAGGACCUGAAUGAUUGCCUUUACCAAGUUAUGUGAUGACCUUUCUUGAGUGAUAUGUUGCAUUAUUGUGGGAAUUAACAAAGAUGACAUUGAUGAUGGCGCAUAAAGAAGGUAUUAACAAACCACUCAAGGUCGGGUAAUUCCAUUAAAAAAUCAAUAGUUUUAAUUAGAAGUUAGAGAGUAAAACAUCUUAUAUUAAGAUUUUACUGAUUACAUUGAAUGCUCAGGUAAACUGUUAUCAAGAAUGUGCCAUUUCUAGAAAGCCACAUUUGGCCGUCCUUGGGAGAGCAUGGGUUUAGGAUACUUGGUAAGAAAUUCGGACCUAGGUUGAAACUGAAAGCCGUUGAUGAAAACUUUUAGAAAAUGAGCUGUCCCUCGAAUCCGACAUUGGGAAAUGGGUUGUAUGAAUCUCUCCGUGGAGUAGUGGGGUGGGUCCCGAUACCAAGAAUUUAAAUCCAAAAAAGUUCAAUUUCCUUAAAGUAUAAGCUGAUUGAAGCUAGGCCAAUCAAUGUUGUUUAAAUUGAUUUUAGGGAGUGAAAGUGAUUCUGUUACAGCGAAUGAGACUUAAUUAUUAAAGUGAGAAAAUUGAAUAUGGGGAGAUUUUUAUGAGGCAAUGUGGACUUUGGAGAGAAUCCCAUCUAGAAAGUGGGAAGCUUUAAAAGGAGAGUCCACUUAGGCAGACGGAUACGCUGAAACGUUGGGCACAUGGAAAAGGGAAAGGCACUUUUGGGUUUGUUAGACAAGUUCCUGGGAGCUUCUUUUUUAGAUUUAUUUUUUGCCGUUUGGUUCCCUCUUUAGGCUGACCUUUAUUCAGAUUCGAAGGGACUGCCACAUUCGAUUAACCCGUUAGUGGCAUCGAUCGUCUUAACUAGUUUUUAGAGUUGUUAGGCUAAUGGAUUGAGCUUUAUAGCAUGGAACAUGAAAGUCAAAGUUACACUUAGAGACGGUUUAAGACGCUGACAUGAUAUAAGAUAUGGAGAGUUCUAAUGUCUGGAAAGUUCUGAUCGAGUAUGUUUAAGCACUGAGAUGAUAUAAGAUACACGAAAGGAAAAUGACGGUGAGAUACGAAACAAGUUUCGAAAAUGGGUCCACAAACAAUUAAAAUCGGUGAGAUAGGAUAAUGAGCCGGAGAUGAUAUAAGAUGUGGGGAUAUACCAUCUCAUGUUGGACUUCCAAACAACCCCUUAUUCUCAUGAGUUUGUUAUUCUCAUAAUCUUUAUAAACUUGAACUUUUGAAUUUACCUUUGACAAACUAGGACCUUUGUACGAUAGAGCUUAAGUCUCUGCAGUUUCCUCUUUUGCACAAUCAGAGCACACUAUACAAAUUUAGGGUUCACAAUCACGUGUUACAUAAAUCCAAAACAUCUCAAACCCUUCAAUCAACCAUACAUAAAUUCAAUUCAAUUGCCAAUAUAUUUUCUAAGGAAUCCAUGCAGAUCUGAUAGUCUGUUGUCAUGAAUUUCUGAAAUACUUUCAGAACCCAGGGAAAUAUAUUUAGCCCUACUGUUGUAUCAUAUUUCUCUUACUUAUUAUAAAUAAUUAUUCUUUGAAUAUUAGAGCAAAUGCCGACUGAUUAAUUAGAAGCCAUGAAACUAUGAACUUUUGGUAAAUGGAGGAGACAUGGUUUUGAAAUUGAAAGGUUGGGUUAAAAGAUAAUGGAAAGAGCAAUACAUUCCCAUUAUCUCCAACUCCAACAGGAAGAGGCAAUUGAAACAAAAGUUCUCACUUUAAAAUAAACUCAAUGGACCAAGCAAACCACACAGUAGUUUGUCUCUUCGGUUGACUAAUGGCUCAAACUUCAUUUUUAUAUAUAUAUAUAUAUACACCGAAUUUUCCACUUUUCCACAACCUCCCUUUUUGUUACUUGCCACUUUAUUUGUUAAGAUGCCACCAAUCCCACGAUAUUUAGAGGUUUUCUCUCUAAAAGUUCUGUUUAGUUUAUUAUAUUUAUUUAUAUGGUUAAAAUACAUUUAUAAACACGAAAUGAUAUAAUCCAUGUAUUGUUAGACUUCCAAUGAUUAAGUCCACGUCAUUGGAAGAGGAAUAAUAACCCAAAAAUCUACUAUUUGAAUUGAAGGAAUGUUUGAAAAAAUAAUGAAGAAUAUUAUUUAGAUAUUAGUCCUAGAACAUGAUAACUAACUUGGAUCAAGAUGUCAGAUGUUCGAAUCAUGUUGAUCUAAAACAAGAGAAUAUCAUUAAUUAUAGGAAUAUUUAUUGACAUUGUUACUUUUUCUUAUACUAGGGGGUUGGAUUUCUGUUUUGAUCUUUGUGCUGUUUUAUAUCAAUUUUAUUCUUAGCCUCAGACAGAACAGUUAAGAUUACAAUGGGAAGAGGAGAGUAAUCUAGAGAUAUGGAUAUGCCAUUCGAACUCAUGUCUCCAAUGCUAAAACUCCAAACCCCAAAUUUGAUGCCACUAGUUGUUGAGUUGACUAUCAAAACAACUCGAUAAAGCACUUUAUUGGUGUUAAGUUGAAUAAUUUACAGCCAAGAAUAAAAUUUUAAUUAUGAUGAUCUGGCCACUAUAGUCCUACGAACAAAAGUACUAAAAUCCUAAUGAAAUGAAAUGAGUUGGAACUUGUCAAUAGAAUAAGAUUGGACAUGUAACUUUGAUUGUUUUGUAUCAAAAAUAAAAAUGCUGUCAAAAUUUUUCUUGGGAUUGUAUUGGCCUGGAAGGCUAAUUGCGUGAAAUUUAUAGAUCCACUUUCACAAAGAAAAGUGGGUUUAAAUGGAGUCACUUUAUUUGCCACUUAGAGAAUUCUUUUUUCUUCUUUAUACUUAAUAUCCCACCUCACUACUUUGCACGAUUUCCACUUUGAUUUAAAGUACGGUUAUGCCUCAAACACAAUUCCUCCUCUCAACAGUCGUCCUUCCACUAGUUACUUUCUUAAUUACGCCAAGUUGGUCGGCACCACAACAGCAAUUUCUCACCCUUUUUAUUUUUCUUAAAUGCUUGCCACUAGAUUUCCUGCUAUCUUCUCGUUAAGAAUAUACCUAGUUUAUAGGUUUAAGCUUUUAGAUUUAAUGGUUAUUUAUUAUAGUAUUAAAGCAAAAUUUUCGGAUCAAGAUGUGUAUAAGAUAUACAUUCUUGACCAAGAAGUCAGAAGUUCGAAUUCCUUCCUCCAAAUUGUUGUACUGAACAAACAGAGUUUUUGAAUUCAAAUAUUAUAAUAUUAUUUUAAUUCUAAUUGAUGUUAAAUUGGGUUGGAUUUCAUGAAUCAAAUUAAUAUGAUUCUACAUGUUAGUGAAAAUAUUAUAGAAUUAUGUAGACCUUAAUUUAUCAAUUAAGAGCUUUUAGAUUUAGAGAUGAUUUAAUAUUUCUGAUGGGUCAUGUAUAGUGGAUUGACAUUGGUCUAUGUUCUGCUGUCCUAUGCAAGCAACCAUUAUCUCUUCUUUCCAAGAUAUAGAUGCAUGAAAAUGGAUUUGCAAAUCGGAGGUGUAUAGUCCAACCAACACAUGAGAAAGAAAAUCAACAUCCGGAUGGAAGACCCCUUUUUUCUUUUCUUUUUUAUUUCUUUUAAUAAGAGAGAGAGUUGGAAAUGAUCUGUAACUUGACUAUUGGUCUAUGUUAUGCAUUUGUGUUGUGCCAUAGAUACCAGCAAGCCAAUAUUCUCCACAAAAUUUGUUUGUUAUGAGCUCUGUUGCAGUUUUUGAAAGCGAGGGAGUAAGUACAAAUCAUGUUAGCAGCAAGAGUGUGAGAUUUUGAAGGUUCUGAUGACAGGAAAUAACCAUAGCUGUGGAAACAACUGAAGAUUUGGCUGAAAAAAAGAAACUGGAUACUUUUACUACCAAGCUACUUCCCAAAGUACAAUUUACUGUGACAACUCCUCUUUUAAGUAAGAGAAGAGUUGGGUGUGUACAAAAGUAACACAGGAGGCUAGCUCAAGCUUCUCAUAGAUGAAAAUGGAAAAUUUAUUUGGUAACUUGCUUUGUGGUAUAACUUUUCAAAAUCCAGUUUAAAGGGGAGGGAAAGAGAAACUUUGAACUUCAAGCUUCUCAUAGAUGGAAAUGGAAAAUUUGUUUGAUAACUUGCUUUGUGGGACAACUUUUCAAAAACCAGUUUAAAGGGGGAGGGAAAGAGAAACUUUGAACUUUUGUCUAUCAAAAUGGUGAAGAUUGGGAAAUGUAAUGAUUGAGAAAACUUCUCUGAAUAAUUCUCACUCUGGUAUGGGUUUGUGGUCUUGAUCAAUUCUUACUUUUGGGUUAAAUCGAGUUAUAUUUUAUUCCUUUUUAUGGAUUCUCUGUACUUAUCCAUUAAUUUGUUAAAAAAAAUUACCUCUCUUGUUUACAGAUGAAACGUGGCAGAGUUGUGGCUUUCUUUUUCCAGAGGAUCACUAGAAUCUGGGAGCAGAUGGAUUUUUAGCCACAACAUUGAAAAGGGUAUAAACAAAGAUCACAUUGAAAUCCACCCAAAAAAGUGAAAAGAGAAUGAAGUUCAUAAAAUAAUAAAACAAGUGGGAGCAAAUGCCAAUGCAUUGUGUUGCUUUGUGCUCUGUUUGUCACCAUCAUUUGCUUGUUAAUUUUGCUUCUAAGCUUAUCCAGGAGCCUUUCUUGUCUAUGCAAGGUCAACAAGGUGAAAUAUGCACUUCAAAACUGUUGCUUUUGGAAUGGACCUCAUUUCAAUUUGUUGAUAAAUAAUAUCCUAAAAGUUUUUCUUUAUCAAUUUAGUGAUUGUGAGUUGAAAUUGA